AACAUUUGCAGGCGGAGCAGGAAACGGGACAAGGAGAAGGGACAAGGCAGGCAAAGGAAGGAAGCGUCGAGAAACGCACCACCAUCCGGGUCCCAGCCCACGCCCACCUCGUCCGCGCCGCGCCGCACCGGUGGAUAGGUUCGGGGAUCUCCGAUCUCGGCCACCACCGCCGCGCGACCGAGCCCAUCGCCGCGCCGCGCCCCGUCGGAUCGCGCCCGUCCCACAGCGGAGGAGGCAGGCAGGCGUCGCGCGCCGAGCUCGGGAGCCGUGGCGCUGUUCCGAGGCUGCUUCUCCUUCGGGUCGGCGGGGCGGAGGAGGCCCGCCGCCUCGCCCUUGCCCUCUCCGCCGCGCCUCGCCGCCCCGCCGCCCGCGGACGACGGCGCCAAGAUGAAGGGCCUCUUCAAGUCCAAGCCGCGGACCCCGGCCGACGUGGUGAGGCAGACGCGCGAGCUCCUCAUCUACCUCGACCUCCACUCCGCCUCGCGCGGCGCCGACGCCAAGCGGGAGGAGAAGAUGGCAGAAUUAAGCAAAAAUAUAAGGGAAUUGAAGUGUAUUCUCUAUGGCAACGGCGAACAUGAGCCUGUGACUGAAGCUUGUGUGCAGUUGACCCAAGAGUUCUUCAGAGAGAACACUCUACGAUUAUUAAUUAUCUGUAUUCCGAAAUUAAACCUGGAGACCAGGAAAGAUGCUACUCAAGUUGUUGCAAACUUGCAAAGACAGCAAGUCUCCUCGCGGAUAGUUGCGUCUGAGUACCUAGAGUCAAAUAAGGAUCUUUUAGACACCUUAAUUUCUGGGUAUGAGAAUAUGGAUAUUGCUUUACACUAUGGUGCCAUGCUGAGGGAAUGCAUACGCCAUCAGAGUAUUGCAAGGUACGUUUUAGAGUCUGACCACAUGAAGAAGUUCUUUGACUAUAUACAACUUCCAAAUUUUGACAUAGCAUCAGAUGCUUCUGCAACCUUCAAGGAACUCCUGACAAGGCAUAAAGCAACCGUGGCGGAAUUUCUUUCCAAGAACUAUGACUGGUUCUUUGCAGAAUUCAACUCUAGGCUGCUAUCAUCAACCAACUACAUAACAAAAAGGCAAGCAAUCAAGCUGUUGGGAGACAUGCUGCUUGAUCGAUCAAAUUCUGCCGUCAUGAUGCGAUAUGUUGGUUCAAAAGAUAAUCUUAUGAUUCUGAUGAAUCUCUUAAGGGACUCAAGCAAGAAUAUUCAAAUAGAAGCAUUCCAUGUGUUUAAGCUGUUUGCUGCAAAUAAAAACAAACCAGCUGAGGUUGUGAACAUAUUGGUUACAAAUAGAAGCAAGCUUCUUCGCUUCUUUGCUGGAUUCAAGACUGACAAAGAGGAUGAGCAGUUUGAGGCAGACAAGGAGCAGGUGAUAAAAGAGAUAUCGGCGCUAUAAUGUCCCUGAUGUAGCUUGCCGAGGAUUUUAAGUUAGCCAUUGCUAAGUGGCCUCUCGUGAACUUACUGUAUUUACCGCACCACGAGAGGCUCUUGCAUGGACCCGUCAUUAUGUUUCUUAGCGAAGCUGCUCUUGUAAUAAUAGGCUUCUGCACAUUAUCAUGUUGGGAGUCGGGCAACUGUAUGAAUCAUAUAGCUGGAUGCUGCUAUGAAGAUGUGAUAUUUAUGUAGUUUGGUUACCCUGGUUGGUUUGAA